CACAUCGGUAAUUUAGAACAAGUGAGAACCUUACAGAGGCUAAAUGCGAAAAUGAUAAAAAUAUAGAAAUCCCCAAAUGGAAUCCUCCUAAAACCCUAAUUUCACCACUUCCACUGCAAAACCCUCACUUAAUUCCCAAAAACAUUCCACCAUGUACCUCUACAAUCUAACAUUACAACGCGCCACCGGCGUAGUCACCGCCAUAAACGGAAACUUCUCCGGCGGCAAGACACAAGAAAUCGUAGUAGCUCGCGGCAAAGUUCUUGAUCUCCUCCGACCCGAUGAAAACAGCGGUAAACUCCAAACUGUUCUCUCCGUUGAAAUCUUUGGUGCAAUUCGUUCCUUAGCUCAAUUUAGACUAACCGGAGCUCAAAAAGAUUACAUUGUCGUCGGUUCGGACUCGGGCCGGAUUGUAAUUUUUGAAUAUAAUAAAGAGCGUAAUGUGUUUGAUAAAGUUCAUCAAGAAACUUUUGGUAAAUCUGGUUGUAGGAGAAUAGUUCCGGGUCAGUAUUUAGCGAUUGACCCGAAAGGUAGAGCUGUUAUGAUUGGUGCUUGUGAGAAACAGAAGUUAGUUUAUGUUUUGAAUAGGGAUACUGCUGCUAGGUUGACCAUUUCGUCGCCUUUAGAGGCGCAUAAGUCGCAUACAAUUGUUUAUUCUAUUUGUGGCGUUGAUUGCGGGUUUGAUAAUCCGAUUUUUGCGGCUAUUGAAUUGGAGUAUGCUGAGGCUGAUCAAGAUUCGACGGGUCAAGCUGCUAGUGAAGCGCAGAAAGUCUUGACUUUUUAUGAACUUGAUUUGGGUCUUAAUCAUGUUUCUAGGAAAUGGUCUGAGCAAGUUGAUAAUGGGGCUAAUAUGCUUGUUACGGUCCCUGGCGGUGGGGAUGGACCCAGUGGUGUUUUAGUUUGUGCUGAGAAUUUUGUUAUUUAUAAGAAUGAAGGGCAUCCGGAUGUUAGGGCUGUCAUUCCUAGGCGUGCAGAUUUGCCUGCUGAACGCGGAGUUCUGAUUGUGUCUGCUGCAACUCAUAGGCAGAAGACUAUGUUUUUCUUUCUGUUGCAGACGGAAUACGGUGAUAUUUUUAAGGUUACUCUAGAUCAUGAGAAUGACAAGGUUAGAGAAUUGAAAAUUAAGUAUUUUGAUACAAUUCCAGUUACUGCGUCGAUGUGUGUAAUGAAAUUAGGUUUUCUUUUUGCUGCAUCAGAGUUUGGGAAUCACGCAUUAUAUCAGUUUCGAGCAAUUGGGGAAGAAGCUGAUGUGGAGGCCUCAUCAGCUACUUUAAUGGAAACCGAGGAAGGUUUCCAACCUGUAUUUUUUCAGCCAAGAGGGCUGAAGAAUCUUGUUAGGAUUGAUCAGGUUGAGAGCUUGAUGCCCAUUAUGGAUAUGAAGGUUGCCAAUGUUUUUGAUGAAGAAACAGCGCAGAUAUUUUCACUUUGUGGACGUGGUCCUCGGUCCUCUUUGAGGAUAUUGAGGCCUGGUUUGGCCAUAAGUGAGAUGGCUGUUUCACAGCUUCCUGGUGUACCAAGUGCAGUCUGGACUGUGAAGAAGAAUGUUAAUGAUGAGUUUGAUGCAUAUAUUGUUGUGUCUUUCAACAAUGCAACUCUUGUGCUUUCAAUUGGAGAAACGGUUGAGGAAGUUAAUAACAGUGGGUUUCUUGAUACCACACCUUCACUUGCUGUUUCUUUGAUUGGUGAUGAUUCUUUAAUGCAAGUUCACCCAAAUGGUAUUAGGCAUAUAAGGGAAGAUGGGCGUAUAAAUGAGUGGAGAACACCUGGGAAGAGGACUAUUGUGAAGGUUGGCUCCAAUAGAGUUCAAGUGGUUAUUGCCUUAAGUGGAGGGGAGCUUAUUUAUUUUGAGGUUGAUAUAACUGGUCAGCUAAUGGAGGUAGAGAAAUAUGAGAUGAAUGGAGAUGUGGCCUGUCUGGAUAUUGCCCCAGUUCCAGAAGGAAGACAAAGGUCUCGGUUCCUUGCAGUUGGUUCAUUUGAUAACACCAUUCGGAUCUUAUCUUUAGAUCCUGAUGACUGUAUGCAGAUACUAAGCGUCCAAAGUGUUUCUUCACCUCCUGAAUCACUCCUCUUCCUUGAGGUUCAGGCAUCUGUAGGUAGGGAGGAUAGUGCUGAUCACCCUGCUAGUCUUUUCCUAAAUGCUGGUUUGCAAUCUGGUGUUUUAUUCAGGACACUGGUGGACAUGGUCACUGGCCAACUUUCUGAUUCUCGUUCCAGAUUUUUGGGGUUGAGGGCACCCAAACUCUUCUCCAUUAUUGUGCGAGGACGGCGUGCGAUGUUAUGUUUAUCUAGUCGACCCUGGCUUGGUUAUAUUCAUCAAGGACAUUUCCUUUUAACUCCCCUAUCUUACGAGACUCUUGAAUUUGCUGCUUCAUUCUCAUCUGAUCAGUGUGCGGAAGGUGUGGUGGCUGUUGCUGGGGAUGCAUUGAGGAUUUUUACCAUUGAAAGAUUGGGAGAAACAUUUAAUGAAACUGCAAUACCCCUCAGAUAUACUCCGAGAAAGUUUGUGCUUCAACCUAAGAAGAAACUUUUGGUUAUUGUUGAGAGUGAUCAAGGAGCAUAUACAGCUGAGGAGCGUGAGGCUGCAAAGAAGGAGUGUUUUGAGGCUGCUGGUAUUGGGGAAAAUGGAAGUGCCAAUGCUGAGCAGAUGGAGAAUGGUGGCGACGAUGAAGAUAAAGAUGAUCCUCUGUCUGAUGAGCAGUAUGGUUAUCCUAAGGCAGAAUCAGACAAGUGGGUUUCUUGCAUAAGAGUUCUUGACCCCAGGACUGCCACAACAACUUGUCUGCUAGAGCUUCAAGACAAUGAAGCGGCAUUUAGUUUGUGCACUGUAAACUUCCAUGAUAAGGAGCAUGGAACAUUGUUAGCUGUUGGUACUGCCAAGGGACUGCAGUUUUUGCCCAAAAGAAGUUUAGUUGCCGGUUUUAUUCACAUCUAUAAGUUUGUAGAUGAUGGGAGAACCCUGGAACUUUUGCACAAGACACAGGUGGAAGGUGUACCACUUGCUUUAGCCCAGUUUCAGGGAAGACUACUUGCUGGAAUAGGGCCUGCGCUCAGAUUGUACGACUUGGGGAAGAAGAGGUUGCUUAGGAAAUGUGAGAAUAAGCUCUUCCCUAACUCUAUUGUCUCUAUUCAGACCUAUCGUGAUAGGAUCUAUGUUGGUGAUAUUCAAGAGUCAUUUCAUUUCUGCAAGUAUAGGCGCGAUGAAAAUCAGCUCUAUAUAUUUGCUGAUGAUUGUGUUCCAAGAUGGCUUACAGCAUCGCACCAUGUUGAUUUCGAUACUAUGGCAGGCGCAGACAAGUUUGGUAAUAUCUACUUUGUACGGUUACCACAGGAUGUUUCUGAUGAGAUUGAGGAAGAUCCAACUGGUGGAAAGAUAAAGUGGGAGCAAGGAAAGCUUAAUGGAGCUCCAAACAAGAUGGAGGAGAUAGUACAGUUUCAUGUUGGUGACGUGGUUACUAGCUUGAGUAAAGCAUCUCUAAUUCCAGGUGGUGGAGAGUGCAUCAUUUAUGGGACGGUGAUGGGGAGCGUGGGCUCACUGCUUCCUUUCACUUCUCGAGAUGAUGUUGACUUCUUCUCACACUUGGAGAUGCAUUUGAGACAGGACCACCCACCUUUGUGUGGAAGAGACCAUAUGGCAUAUAGAUCUGCUUAUUUUCCUGUUAAGGAUGUGAUCGAUGGGGAUCUGUGUGAGCAAUUCCCAACGCUGCCUCUUGAUGCACAGAGAAAAAUUGCUGAUGAAUUGGAUAGAACUCCUGGCGAGAUACUGAAGAAACUUGAAGAAGUUCGGAACAAGAUCAUUUAAGGAUACACUUGAAGGCUGUUUGUUACAAUGGUGUUUACGAGCAGAAGAUCUAUGCCAAUUGUAGCUCUGGUAAGGUCACAUUUGCUUGGCAUUGCCUUUAAAAUGCAGAGAUAUAACAAUUAGAUGGUAAAAACCUUGGAGGAAAAAUCACUUACGAACUGUAGAUGUGUUUAUGAUUAGUGAAUGUUAUCUCAUGAGUUUUAUGACUUUCUUACGGCAGCUUGGUAAAAAGAUUAGCAGAUUAUGUGAUAAGCCUAGAUAGUUGAGCAUUGUUCUUAAUUUUGGAGUCUGGCUUCCUUAGAUAUCAUGAUAGUGCUUCAAAUUGAUGUAUGGAGAUUUUGAUAUAUUCAAUAUUAGACUGUAAUUAAGUUAA